AUGGGGCACAUGAAAAUAGUGAGCAAGGAAGAGAGCCAGCCAAGUGCCGCAUUCUAUCUACCACAUCAUCCAGUGAUGAAGUUAUCAAGUCUCACAACUAAGUUACGGGUCGUAUUCGAUGCAUCAGCCAAAAAUGAUUUAGUUACAAUACUGAUGCGAUUCCGUAAACAUCAGGUUGUCAUAAAAGCAGACGUGGAGAAGAUGUUCAGACAAAUAAGGGUAGCUGAAGAAGACCAAGACUGGCAAAGGAUAGUCUGGAGAUCGCAGUCAGAUAAAGCAUUAGAAUUGUAUCGACUUACAACCGUAACUUAUGGCACAACUUCAGCUUCAUUUAUGGCAACUAAUUGUCUUGUCUCACUGUCCGAAGAAGCGAAACAGAAAUACCCAGAAGCGUCAAAAAUCAUACGCCGUGAUUUCUAUAUGGAUGAUUUGAUGACCGGUGCCAGCACAGUUGAUGAGUGCUGCCAGUUACAGAAGCAAAUCGACUCAAUUCUAGAAUCAGCGCACCUUCCCUUGCGCAAAUGGUGUUCGAAUUCAACUGAGGUCUUAGAACGCAUUGGAGAUUCGAGCGACGACCCGUUAUUUGCACUACAGAUUGGUGAAGAUGAAAUAAUCAAGUCAUUGGGGCUUAGCUGGAAGCCAGCUUUGGACGCAUUUCAAUUCAUAGUAGAGCAGAAAGCAUUUAUGGCUAAGUCGACAAAAAGAACGCUAUUAUCUGAUCUAAAUAGAAUCUUUGACCCUCUAGGGUUCCUGGCGCCUGUACUGGUAAGAGGAAAAAUAUUCUUGCAGCAGCUUUGGCAGCUGAAAAUAGAAUGGGACCAACAGCUGCCAGAGGAAUUGUCAAAUAGAUGGUAUACGUUUUACCAAGAGUUUAAUGAUCUAAGUUAUCUACCUAUUCCGAGAAAGUGUAUACCGUACCAAUCUGUAGAAGUUGAAAUCCAUGGGUUUUGCGACGCAUCGGAAGAGGCCUAUGGAUCUGCAAUCUACGUACGAAGUAAGGAUUGUACGGGCUACUGGCACUCCCGAUUACUUUGUGCGAGGACACGCGUCGCGCCAUUAAAAGGCUCGACAAUACCAAGGCUUGAGCUGGGAGGAGCAUUAACACUCACUCAGUUAUCGAUAAAGGUGUCCGAGGCCUUAGAGAUGGAUGUUAAAAAAUUCUACUUAUGGACUGAUUCUAUGGUAGUACUUGGAUGGCUGAACUCACAAACUUGUAGAUUAAAAACAUUCGUGGCCAACCGGGUAGAAGAGAUUCUAGAAACUACGCAGCCAGAGCAAUGGAGGCAUGUCGCAACAAGCGAAAAUCCAGCUGAUAUUCUCUCUCGAGGAACAACGCCGAAUAAUCUUCAGAGCAUGAACCUAUGGUGGCAGGGACCACAUUGGUUAGCGUCAGAACUGUAG